ACAUUACGAACUACUACAACGCAGCGACUGGCGCACUCCUUUACUCACAUACAACGAGGUCAUUUGGCGCGCCACUCAGCACUCCCAAUCUCUUCGGCGACCCAGCUUUCUAGCAUAAUCGACGAACGCUUCCCCCCAAUUGCCCGGGAGGCCGCUGCAUCUUCGCGCCACCGCCACCAUGCCAAAAGCCGAGGCCGGUUCGCUCAAAGCGCUCAACUCGCGCAUGAAGGCCAAAGGCCUGCAGCGACUGCGCUGGUACUGUCAAAUAUGUUCCAAGCAAUGCCGUUGCGAGAACUCUUUCAAGCAGCACUGCCUGAGCGAGUCGCAUACCCGACAAAUGCUCAUCGUAGGCGAAGACCCGAAGAAGUACAUCGAGGAGUUCAGCAACAAGUUCCUUCGGGACUUCCUACAGCAGCUGCGGACGAGCCACGGCGAGAAGCAAGUUCAGAUCAACCAGUUCUACCAGACGUACAUCGCGGACAAGGAGCACACCCAUAUGAACGCCACCAAAUGGCCGAGUCUCACUGAGUUUGCCAAAUACCUCGGCCGCGAGGGCAUCUGCCGGGUCGAGGAGACCGAGAAGGGAAUACACAUCGCGUGGGUCGACAAGUCUCCCGAGGCGCUACGGAGACAGGAAGCCCUCAGGCGGAAAGAAGCGCAGGACAGGGGCAACGAAGAGGUCGAACAGAUGCUCAUCCGAGAACAGAUCGAGAGAGCGCGGAAAGCAGAACAAGCGAAGGGGGACAAGGCGAAAGAGGAAGAGAAAGACCGCGUGUUGAAUAGGCAAGAGGGGGACAAGAUUACGCUUUCCUUUGGCGCAAAGACAACGACUCCCACAAACCCGAAUGCCGGCUCAUCCAAGAACGCGGAGGGCCAAGAACAGCCAGCAGUGGACAAACCGCAGAGCGCUUCCAACAGGCCUGGACUGGGCGGGGGGUUGUCCCUCAAGGCGGUGGCCAAACCGCAGACCAAAAACGUGUUUGCGGCGGCCAAAAAGAACGCGCUCGCUGGCGGGGCCGGCACACCAAAGGGCACCAGCGCCUUCGAGCCACCGAAGAAAAUGAGCGAGACCGAGAGGAUAAUGAAAGAAGACAUGGAACGGAUGGAGAGGAAGCGGGCAAGGGAAACGUCCGGAUCAGGGGCACCUUCCUGGAAGAAGCAGAAGACCUGAUCGGUAGGUGUAACAUUGGUUUUUGUAGCAUAACUUUUUAGGCUGCGGGCGUUCCUUUUUUUUCUCCUUUGGGCGUGGACAGAAGGCAAUGUCAAAACGAACAUGGUGAGCAUGAUAGAUACCAUUUUGCAAGAUUCCUACGAAUUUAUCAUUGCGCCUUGUCCUCGACGCCCUCGCUUUGUGCACGGGUACAUCCCCCAACGCCCUGGUGAAAAAGAAAAAAAAAAAAGCAGCGUAAUCAACCGGAUAUCGUCCUCUCUAUGUCGUCCUCUCUAUGUCGUCCUCUCUAUGCACCCUCUUCCUGUUCGCUACCAUCCCUCGGGAUAUAUCUCACUCCCGAUUCCUCCUCAA